AUGGCAGUUCCUCCACUUCUACCUUACAAUGCCAUGCCACUAUCAGGAUCGCAUAUAAACGACCAUUUACGCAUAAGCGAUCACUUUUGGUCAAAUGACAACACAGCACUCGAUAUUAUCCUCGAUCGACUAUUGAAAUCAAAGAGAACCUGUGAGACUAUGUUGAAAGUCUUUGAAAAGAGAGCACAAAUCGAACAAGAAUAUGGGGAACGUCUCUUGAAGCUUUCACAGAUACAAUUGUUGGAUGGCGAAGGUGCAGAUAGCACAUUUGGAGAAUUACUGGAAAGCGUACCUACCGCCACCGAGGCCACAGCACGUGCACAUAUCGACCUUGCUCAGCAAAUCCAUCAUCUAUUGGAGGUACCACUGGCUGGUUUCAUCAAAGAUCAAAAGGCAGUGAGGAAAGCAACAAUGGCUGAGAUUGACAAGAUACAAAAUCUACGUUAUAUGCACAUGGACAAUGUUAAACGGGCUCGCAACAAUUACUUGUCAGUAUGUGCCAAUUUGGAAGAGAUGAAAAAGCAUGGUGUCGAUCCUGAUUGUGAGGAGAUGAUACAGAUGAGGCAAAAAGCGAUGUCAGUAGAACAAGAAUACAAGCUUUCGCUGGGAAUUCUCGAAACCGUAACCAAGAGUUGGGUGGAAGAAUGGCGAACGUCAUGUGAUGUAUUUCAGGAGCUUGAAGAAAGGAAACACAAUUACCUUGGGGGAACAUUGAAUUCCUAUGCCAAUAUGAUAUCGAACGUGUACACCACCGAUGAUCAGUCUUGCGAUCGCAUUCGUGCUGCAUAUGACAACCUAGAUUCUCUUGCUGAUAUCGAAGCCUUUAUACGGAUCAAGGGAACAGGCAUGAGUAUACCAGAGACACCCAAGUAUACCAGCUUUGAGGAAACGGAGGAUAAGCCGAAGCCGACGAUACAAAUGAUGCCACGGACGAUUCGCGAGAUCAACAUACCUGUUGAGGAUGAAGAAUUGCGCUCUGUCAAUGAUCAAUUAAACAAGCUUCCUUCGAUUCGGACCUCGGCUGAGAAUAACGAUGCAACAUCACCGCCACCCAAAGGAUCCUCCAUCAAAAGAGCUACUUCUACGACCAUGUCACCACCCGAAAAAGAGGAAGCUCCAACAACAGCUGAACCUACACCAACUCACGAUGUUGUGUCACCACUUGAACCAUCACCAACAAAAGAGCCACCACCACCACCACCAUCAGAUACAGCAUUAUCCAAUGAGAAGACGCUCAGCAAAGAAACGCCUGAUCCGCCUCAAAUAUUCAAAGAGAAGUUAUUGCAAAAGGCGUUGCCAUCACUACCUGCAGAGAAAACGGCACCCAUGGAUAACAACAACAAUGCUGAUAUUCCAAAAGCACAGCAUCGAUUGUCGUAUGGCACGUACGCUCAUGGUGAUAAGAGUGUACACCGAAUGAGCCAAGCAGGGACACCUCGUAUCGUUAUACCUGAACAGCAACCUUAUGCCGAUGUUUCAUAUAUACCACACGUAUCAUCCAAUGCACCACCACCAGCAUCACAAUUGCAACCGACAGCCGAGUUAGAAAAAAGGAUUUCAAUCGUCAACACGAGUACACCAUCAAUUGAUUUUGAGGAUUCGGAGGACAACAAGCGCAAAGAGAAGAAGAAGCAAAAGAACUAUUCAAUGUUCCCUUUUCUCAAAAAGAAACAAGAUCAAAAUGGUGAUGAACGAACACGAUUUUCGUUGAGUAACUUGCGUGGUGGGCAGAAGAAGGAACAACUCAAAUCAGCAACAAGUUCGCCCAUUCGUUCUCGACAAACAUCACCGCAAAGUCCAUUUUUCCCGAGCAAUCAUCAACAUACGCCAUCUCCUAUCGACAAUACCAAUGGUCGGUUUAAUACCAUGCCAGCCAAAUACCCAUCAAUGAAUAAUGAUCGUGCAUCGGUCCUUGAAUACGUGCAGGCACAAUGGAGUUACGAUGCAAAGAUUGAAUCCGAGAUGACAUUUUCCAAGAAUGACGUUCUGGCAGUGUUUGAAAAGAAACGUGAUGGAUGGUGGGAUGCUCAAAUCGUUCACAGUGAUAAUGAUAGUAAUAUCAAUGCAAGAGGGCUUGUCCCUGGUAACUUUAUGGCAUCUUUGUAA